GUCAGAUUUUCUAUCGAACUCUUUGCUUUCCUCGACGCUAAAUUUCCUCUUCGAAAUGUCUCACUACGUUAAUCCUCUUCACCCUUCCGUCCACGCUGGAAAUACCUCUAGCUAUAGCACUCUCGGAUCAGCGAACCACGUGUCUUCUCCCGCUGCAUCGACUUUCCUUAUUCCGAAUCGAAGACGUCUGGCUCAGACACCCUACACUCCAAGCGGGAAAUGGAAGAGUACUUCCGGUCGUAUGCAGCCUCUUCACAAUCCUAUUGCCUUCGACCUCAAGGGCUACUCGAAGCAAGGCUUCCCCAUGCAGGAGUUGUGUGUUCGUGGUGAAUACGCUCUGGAACAGAUGAUGCAAGGUGCUACAGAUCAAGUCCUCGCUCAUGCUCCCUACCUUCGGAAGAUUACUAUCCACAUCAGGUGGCCUGGCUAUGAACACACAGAAUGGGCACGUCCUAUCGAAGUUGUGACUUCACGAGGCCCAAUCUCUCGUGCAACACUUGCUCAGGCCAUCGCACUCAAUUUUGCUCGAUUCUGCGAGAAAGCCCAAAUGGAACGCCCUCAAUCUCCGCAUUGGCGGAUUGGCCACGGCGGUAUCACCUUCGAGAGACUGGUCCUUGUCUCUUUAUGGAACCCUUUCGAAGAUGCCUGGCAAGCCGACGUUGCAGUCGACUUUUAA